AUGAGGUGGAUAGAAUUUUUGAAAGAUUAUGAUGUUGUAAUAGAUUUCCAUCCUGAAAAAGCAAAUGUAGUAGCGAAUUCUCUGAGCCGAAAGACGAUUGCAGCCUUACGAGCCCUGGAUGCUAGGUUGUCAGUGAAUGAUGAUGAUGGUGCUUUAUGUGCGGAAUUAACCCUUUGGCCAUCAUGGAUAGAUAGAAUCAAGGAAUUGCAAGUUAGAGAUGAAGAGUGUUUAAAGAAAUUACAACAAGUGAAAGAUGGAGAACUUACUGAUUAUAUGAUCAAAGCUGAUGGGAAUUUAUAUUAUCGAGGGAGGCUAGAAGUGGAAGAAAAAGUUCAUGUAAUUCAAAAUAAUCUCAAAGCUGUCGCAGAUAGACAAAUCAUAUACAGACCUGGAAAGGAAAGAAAUUGA